GAAGAACUUCACUCUGGAAAGCGACACAAAGUGACUGAUGCCACUGGACGACUUCAGGAGAUGAUCUGCCCUCAACAUGAUAAACUUUUAGAGAUUUACUGCCGUAGUGAUCAGUGCUGUAUAUGUUAUCUGUGUAUGGUGGAUGAACACAACAACCAUAAGACUGUAUCAACUGCUGCAGAAAGAGAAACAACUGAAGGAAAUACAGAGAGAAUACCAGCAGAGGAUUCAGGAGAGACAGAAGGAGUUUCAGGAGAUGAGAGAGGCUGUAGAGAUUCAUAAGCGCUCUGCUCAGGCAGCAGUGGAGGACAGUGAGAGGAUCUUUACUGAACUGAUCCGCUCCAUUGAGAGAAGUCGCUCUGAGAUGAUAAAGCUGAUCAGAGAUCAGGAAAAGACUUCAGUGAGUCAAACUGAAGAACUCUUGAAGCGUCUGGAGCAGGAGAUUGAUGAUCUGAGGAGGAGAGACACUGAGCUGGAGCAGCUUUCACACACAGAUGAUCACAUCCAAUUCCUCCAGAGUUUCCAGUCUCUCUGUGUUCCUCCUGGAUCUCCAGACUCACUCAACAUCACUGUCAGUUCUCUCCUCUCACUUGACGAUGUUCAAAAAAUUAGAGAGAAACUGGAGUGUCUGUGCAGAGAACAGAUAGAAAGGACAUUUGAUAGAGUUUGUCCUGAACUCACAACCAGGGAGACAUUCAAAAAAUAUUAUCAUCAGGUCACUCUGGAUCCAAAAACAGCACAUACACGUCUCCGUCUGUCUGAGAAGGGCAGAGUGAUUACUAACACAGAAGAAGACCAGUGCUAUUCUGAUCAUCCAGACAGAUUUAAUGUUCAUCCUCAUGUGUUGUGUCGAGAGGGUGUGAGUGGACGCUGUUACUGGGAGGUUGAGUGGUGUGGUGGGGUGGAUAUUUCAGUGUCAUAUAAGAGUAUCAGCAGGAAGGGAAAGGGUGAUGAGUGUUCAUUUGGAUGUAAUGAUCAGUCUUGGGGUUUGUAUUGUUCUGAGCUCAGUUGUUCAUUCUGGCACAAUAACAUUGAAACUGACCUGCCCUUAGUGUCCAGUUCUUCUAGAAUAGGAGUGUAUGUGGAUCACAGUGCAGGAACUCUGUCCUUCUACAGCGUCUCUGACACAAUGACCCUCAUCCACAGAGUCCACACCACAUUCACUCAACCUCUCUAUCCUGGGUUUAGAGUUUGUAAAUUUGUGAAACUGUGUGAUCCAACAGUAUAAAUGAUACAGAAAUUCUACAAACAUUACUGUUGUAUCUGAAUUUUGAAGAGUUAAAAGAAAUUGAGAAUCACUGAUAUUAACAACACAAAUUGUAUCACUAUGUUUUUUAUACAGAGUGAUACUAGUUAAACAUGGGUAAAUAUUAAUUUGCAAGUAAAGAUCUUUUUAACAUUAUUAACAGUCAAAAAAGUGAUGUGCUGUUCUGCUGAUUGUAUCAUGCUGUGCCUUAUUUUGCCUGCUGUGCUGUAUCAGUGUUGUUUUUUGUGAAGUACCAGUGUUGUAAUGUAACGAAAUAAAAAUACUUAAGUACAGUACUUAAGUAUUUUUUGGUAGUAUCUGUACUUUACUUGAGUCUUUAUAUUUCUGCAGACUUUUAUUCCACUACAUUUCCAGAACAAAAUGUAUGCUUUUACUCCGAUACAUUUCCCCCAAGCAUGUAUGUUACUACAAAUAAAAGCAUAGAAACUGAA